AUGGUAGUGUUUCUAUUCUUACUGGUACUUUCAUUAACAUUCGAUUGUUGGUGGACUAUUGGUAGGUUUUUAGUAUGUUAUAUUAGGGUUUUAAUAGAGUAACUUUUAGGUAUAAUUAUCGUUGGGCUAGGUUAGGACUUGGAAUAAGGCUUUGGGAUAGGGCUCUGGGCUAGAGCUCUGGGAUAGGGCUUUGCGAUAUGGGUCUGGGGUAGGGCUCUAGGCUAGGGCUCUGGGCUGCGGCUCUGGGCUACGGCUUUGGGCUAGGGCUCUGGGCUAGGGCUCUGGGCUAGGGCUCUGGGCUAGGGCUCUGGGCUAGGGUUCUGGGCUAUCGUUCUGGAUUAGGGCUCUGCGGUAGGGCAGAGUAGACGUAUCGUUCUAAUUUUUACAUUACUAUAUAUUAUACAUUUUACAAUUAUUUCUAGGCAAAUUCUUCAACAUAGAAGAAGAUACCCAGGACUUGAUUGCCGUUGAUGCUGAAAAUGACAGUCGUUUCAAGCGGCCAUGGAUGAUACGUCUACAAAAUGGCAAAGUUCAUACUGUCAAACCGAGUACGGCAGCAGACUUGGAAAUGGUCUAA